AUGCCGUGGUCUAGAGCGCCGCAUUCGCCGGGAUUAGACCGGCUAUGCGAAACUGAGAUGAGACGGCGGAUUAUAUGAAAUUUGCUCCAACGUUUGACUAAAAUGGAAGGCCCAUCUACGUCUGCCCGGGGUUUUAGCUACUGUUCGUCUUCGUUGGUGUCCCAGAUAGACAUUGGGACCGGCAGUUCAUACAGUCCGAUGCCAGGCACGCGCGGGAGCACCGAGUUGAUGGACGACAUGGAGGACGAGCAGGGGGAUGGCGAGGACGAGUAG